AAUAUGGCAGCUUUGUAAUAAUUCGAUCACAUCUGGUCUCAUUCACAUGUAAUGCUAGGAAUUCUAGGAAUUCUAGGAAUCAUACCUUUUUUUUUUUUUUUUGGCUGAAUCGGCUUAUAAGAUCUUCGGACAGGAAUGUUGGUAACAGGGAGCAAUGGUGAUCACUAUGUCAUAUCUCAAAUUUAUGGUCGAAUCAGAAGAUAUGUUUUUCACUUCCAGGAACUCCAGGCCGUUGUGAGAGACUUGAUUGAGACUGCUGUAGUGGUGAUCUCACGUUCUGGGGCUCUGUAAACUCCAGAGCAUGAAGAAGUGUGAACGCAAUCAGGAGGUUCCGUUCUACGUCAUGCAGAAGUUUCGAUCACGUCCGAUGAAUAAGAAGGAAAUUUUACCGAAUGCUUUGGAAGGAUAAUUAACAGCGACCGUACAAUUAAACCAACGCCGAUGAGGGAACUACUCGGGGAACGUUCGGGCCAGAAACGGGUGCGCGGAACGAGAAUCAGCAACAGGGGAACAGCAUAAACGCGCACCACGAAAUAGCUCAAUCUCGAUUGGCCCAGGAUGGAUUGGCUCUAACACGAUAUCUCUCCACUACAGAGUUCGGUUCACGGUGAUACAAUACGACUCAUGCUGCACAAGGUCGAUGGAGAGCCUUGUAACCGGUUCAUCGGUACUUCUGCAGAAGUAUGACAGUCAAUAAGGGACAAAGAUGUGGUAUUCGUUUUGGAUCCUGAGAGUCUAAAGUGGAACAAAAUGGAUCAAGGGCUGGUCGCGUUGAAGACAUAAAUUGCCGUAAACCAGAUAUUCCGUCGUGCAACCCAAUGGUCUCAAAGUCAAAAUGAUGCGAUGGCUGAAUCACCUUUUGAUACUUCAAGGUAUACUUCUGGGGUCAGCGUGGCUUCUAUGAACGUUGAUCAAUGCCAGCAGAACAUAAGUUAUCCAU